GGCUCGCCAGUCGCCUCAAAUACUUUACUUCAGCAAGUUGGACUAUUUACCAAUGUGAAUGUUCGGCAGACAGUGUCCAGGUGCACAGCAUUUGAUCUCCCUCCAUACUGAGUUUUAUCGCGCAGCAAGUCCCGUUUUUCGCCAAUAUCGGAAGACUGAUUUUUAUUUUAUUUGAAAUAACAAAUGCUGAUUUUGCUGGAAAUGUAAUCUAUGAAACAAAGGCAGAAGUUGACUUGAUUCCCUUUUCCCUGUCCCGAGAACUAUUGGAAGAGAUGUAUUUCUGAUCAUGGACUAAAGAAGAUGCCUUUGCCCUGUACAUCAAAACACAUGUUUUGCCUGCGCGAUUAGCAUACAGAGAUCCUUGUGGAUUAAUUUAAGGACGAUGGAUAAUUUUUUCACCGAGGGCGCCCGUGUGUGGUUACGCGAGGAAGAUCAGUACCUCCCCAGCACUGUUUCCUCUUGCUCUGGAGGCGUGGUGGUUUUCGCUACUGAAUAUGGACAGGUGUACACCUACAAGCAGAAUGCCCUCACCAGACAGAAAGUACAGCCCAUGCACCCCAGCAGCUCAGGUGGAGUGGAGGACAUGGCCAGCCUGGAAGACCUUCAUGACGGGGCCAUCAUGCACAACCUGUACCUUCGCUACCAGCAGAGGAACAUUUAUACAUACAUCGGCUCCAUCCUGGCUGCGGUGAACCCGUACCAGUCCAUCCCUGACCUAUACGACCGGCCGGCAGUGGAGAGGUACAGCCGACACCACCUGGGCGAGAUUUCCCCGCACAUCUACGCUGUAGCAAACGAGUGUUACCGCUCCCUAUGGAAGAGACUUCAGAACCAGUGUGUGUUAAUCAGUGGAGAGAGUGGAGCGGGUAAGACAGAGAGCACCAAGCUGAUCCUGAGGUUCCUGUCGGCUAUGAGUGAGCACUCCCUGGAGCUCUCCUCAACAGACAGGACGUCACACGUGGAGGAGGACCUCCUGGAGAGCAGCCCAAUCAUGGAAGCCUUCGGCAACGCCAAGACCGUCUACAACAACAACUCUAGCCGGUUUGGGAAGUUUGUUCAACUGCACUUCUGUCAGAAGGGCAACAUCCAAGGCGGUAAAAUCGUGGACUACCUCCUAGAGAAGAAUCGAGUUGUUAGGCAGAAUCCAGGGGAAAGGAACUAUCACAUCUUCUAUGCACUUCUGGCUGGAACCAAUGCAGAACAGAGGGAGGCCUUCAGUUUUUCCCCACCAGAGAAUUACUACUACCUAAAGCAAUCUGGCUGUGUGGCAGACAAGACAAUCAACGACAAAGGCACUUUUCAGGACGUACUGAAUGCAAUGCGGACCAUGCAGUUCACAGAGGAGAAUAUCUGGGAGAUCCUUCGGCUCCUGGCGGGAAUUCUUCAUGCCGGGAAUAUCGAGUUUAUGACGGCCGGAGGAGCUCAGGUCUCUUCCAAAACAGCACUGGGCAGGACAGCAGACCUCCUGGGCCUGAACUCAGAACAUUUGGCCGAGGUGCUGACCCACAAGUCCUUGAUCCUACGGGGUGAGGAGAUCUGCACGCCGCUCACCGUUGAACAGGCGGUGGAUUCCAGGGACUCCAUGGCGAUGGCACUUUAUUCCCAGUGUUUCACCUGGAUUAUCCGGAAACUCAACAACCGUAUCCGAGGGAAAGAGGACUUCAAAUCCAUUGGCAUCCUAGACAUAUUUGGAUUUGAGAAUUUCGAGGUCAACCGCUUUGAGCAGUUCAACAUUAACUAUGCAAACGAGAAACUUCAGGAAUACUUUAACAAGCACAUCUUCUCGCUGGAGCAACUUGAAUACAACAAGGAAGGGCUUGUAUGGGAGGACAUCAACUGGAUGGACAACGGGGAAUGUUUGGAUCUGAUUGAGAAGAAACUGGGUCUCCUUGCACUGAUGAACGAGGAGAGUCAUUUUCCCAAAGCCACUGACGGCACUCUACUGGAGAAGCUCCACAGCCAGCACUCGAAAAACCAAUUUUAUGUGAAACCACGCGUUGCUGUGCACAACUUUGGAGUGAGACACUAUGCAGGCGAGGUGUUGUAUGACGUGAGGGGCAUUCUGGAGAAGAAUCGAGACACUUUCAGGGAUGACAUCCUCAACCUGCUUAGAGAAAGCAGGUUGGACUUUGUGUACGACCUCUUUGAGCACGUCUCGAGCCGUAACAAGCAGGACACCCUCAAAUGCAGCUCCAAGCACAGGAGACCCACUGUCAGUUCCCAGUUUAAGAAUUCCUUGCACUCACUGAUGGCCAACCUCAGUACUUCGAACCCCUUUUUUGUGCGAUGCAUCAAGCCGAACACUCACAAGAUGCCUGAGCAGUUUGACCAGACGGUGGUGCUGAACCAGCUCAGAUACUCAGGGAUGCUGGAGACAGUAAAGAUCCGCCGUACAGGCUUCCCCAUCAGGAGGCCUUUCCAAGACUUCUGUACCAGGUACAAGGUGUUAAUGAGGACUGUGUCUCCACCAGAAGACCCAAGGGGACGGUGCGUACAGUUACUCCACCUCUACGACAGCACCAGUGCAGAAUGGGAGCUGGGGAAGACCAAGGUGUUUCUACGGGAGUCUCUGGAGCACAGGCUGGAGAAGCAGCGAGAGUUGGAGGUGCUAAAAGCAGCCAUGGUCAUUCAGGCUCACGUCAUGGGCUACAUGGCCAGGAAGCAGUACAGGAAGCUGCUGCAGUGCAUUGUGGUCAUUCAGAAGAACUACAGGGCGUUUUAUUGGAGGCGGAAGUUCUUGCUCCUGCGCUGGGCCGCUCUCACCUUCCAGAAAUGCCUGAGGGGCCAGUUGGGACGAAAGGUCUACUGCCAGCUCCUGGAUGAGAGGAAGAUGAUGGAGGAGGAUAAGAGGAGGAGGAGGGUGGAAGAGCUGGAUAGGGAAAAGAAGAGGCUUGAGGCUGAAUGGCUAGCACAAUAUGCAGAGAAAGCCAGAAAGGUUGAGGACCUCCAUCAGGCCCAAGAGCUAUACCUUCUGACUCAGACACAAACACGGACACAGAAAAAUACACAGACACAACAAGCAACAUUGCCAGCAACCCAGGCAGUGCAGCAACAGAUGAAUGAAAUGGAGUCUUGCAAAAUGUUCGAAGAGAUCUCUACUGAGGAGUUUUCAGAAGAGGCGGUGCGGACCCAGGACGCAUCCCAGGACGCCUCGCAGGUGGAGGAGAUCCUACGUCUGGAGCGGGAGAUCCAAGAGCUUCAGCGGCAGAAGGAGCAGCAGGAGCUGUCCCUGACCGAGGCCUCCCUCCACCGACUGCAGACCCUCCGUGACCAGGAGCUGCAGCGCCUGGAGGACGAGGCGUGCAAGGCCGCCCAGCAGUUCUUGGAGUCGCUCAACUUCGACGAGAUUGAUGAGUGCGUGCGCAAUAUCGAGUGCUCGCUGGGCGUGGAGGAGGAGGAGAAGAUAGGCGGAGAGAGGGAGGAGGGUGAGGAGGAGGAGGAGGUGGACGAAGGCUUUGGCGCUGAUGAUGAGGGAUACAAGGACUCACCCAACCCAAGUGAGCAUGGCCACUCAGAUGGCCAGCGCACCAGUGGCAUCCGCACCAGCGACGACUCAUCAGAGGAGGACCCGUACGCUAAUGACGGAAUGCAGAUCCCACUCCUGCCACCAAAUACACUACUCCACCAGCCGCUGCCCCUGCUGCCGCUGUUUCAAGCCUGCCACAGCGCCUCCUCUGGCGGGGACUCGGUCUACUGCCACCCCCAGGUUUCAGAGGCUCAGUCCGAUGAUCUGGUCGAGCUCAUUCCUCCGGAUGAAGACUCGGACUAUGACCAGGACGACUAUGACGAGGGGGCCAUAGUGUCCAGUGGCAGCAUGGCGUUCUCACAACCCUGCAGAGGGCAGUGGUCACCUGACUACCACGGCUCUGUGGGCACCUACAACAGUUCAGGAACCUAUCGCUUCAGCUCGGAGGGGGCCCAAUCAUCGUUUGAGGACAGCGAGGACGAUUUCAACAGGUUCGACAUAGACGAUGAGCUGUCCUACCGACGAGACUCGGUCUAUAGUUGUGUCACACUGCCAUACUUUCACAGCUUCCUCCACAUCAAAGGUGGCCUGAUGAACACGUGGAAGCGGCGUUGGUGUGUGCUGAAGGACGAGACCUUCCUGUGGUUCCGCGCUAAGCAGGAGGCCCUGAAGCAGGGCUGGCUUCACAAAAAGGGUGGCGGUUCCUCAACGCUGUCACGCCGCAACUGGAAGCGCCGCUGGUUCGUCCUGCGCCAGAGCAAGCUCAUGUACUUCGAGAAAGACGGCGAGGACAAGAUGAAGGGCAUGCUUGACAUGCAUGCAGCCAAAGAGAUUGUGGACAACACAGGCAAGGAGAACGGAAUCGACAUCAUCAUGCCAGAACGCACCUACCACCUUAUUGCUGAGACCGCUGAGGAUGCAAGUCAGUGGUUCAGUGUGCUCAGCCAGGUGCACACCUCCACAGAGCAAGAGAUCAGGGAGAUGCACGACGAACAAGCCAACCCCCAGAAUGCAGUGGGAACCCUCGAUGUUGGCUUGAUCGAUUCAGUCUGUGCGUCAGACAACCCUGAACGGACCAACUCCUUUGUGAUGAUCACAGCUAACAGGGUGUUACACUGCAAUGCCGACACUCCUGAAGAGAUGCACCACUGGAUAACAUUGCUGCAACGUUCCAAAGGAGACACGCGUGUGGAGGGACAGGAGUUCAUCAUCAGAGGCUGGCUCCACAAGGAGAUGAAGAACAGCAGCAGAGCCUCUCUGAAGCUGAAGAAGCGCUGGUUCCUGCUUACCCACAACUCCCUGGACUACUAUAAAAGCUCGGAGCGCAACACCCUCAAGCUGGGCACCCUGGUGCUCAAUAGCCUGUGCUCAGUGGUGCAGCCUGACGAGAAGGUCUUCAAGGAGACAGGUUACUGGAACGUCACAGUUUACGGCCGGAAGCACUCGUACCGUCUCUACACCAAGCUCCUGAACGAGUCCACGCGCUGGGCCAGCGCCAUGCAGAACGUCAUCGACACCAAGGCCCCCAUCAACACCCCCACCCAGAAGCUCAUCCAGGACAUCAAGGAGAACUGUCUGAACUCCGAGGUGGUGGAGCAAAUCUAUAAGAGGAACCCCAUCCUGCGCUACAGCCACCACCCGCUCCACUCGCCACUGCUGCCCCUGCCCUACGGAGACAUCCACAUCAGCUCCCUGAGGAACAAGGGCUACACGACGCUCCAGGACGAGGCGCUCAAGAUGUUCAACUCGCUGCAGCACCUGGAGGGUGUUACCGACCCCGUGACCAUCAUCCAGGGUGUGCUGCAGACGGGCCAGGAGCUGAGGCCCCUGAGGGAUGAGCUCUACUGCCAGCUGGUCAAACAGACCACUCGCCCCCCACAGCCCUGCAGCCCUGGGAACCUGUGCAGCUGGAGGAUCCUGGCAUGCAUGUGCUGCACGUUCAUGCCAUCUCGCGGAAUCCUCAAGUACCUCAAGUUCCACUUCAAGAGGGCUCGGGAGCUCUUCCCGGGCAUGGAGAUAGAACGCUACGCCUCAUUCGGCCUGGAUUCCCUGAGGAAGACGCGUGGCCGGGAGUACGUACCCUCCCAGGAGGAGAUCCGGGCCGUGGUGGCGCGCCAGGAUAUGACCACCACAGUGCACUGCCAUGGCGGAGGCUCCUGCAAAAUCACCAUCAACUCUCACACCACCGCCGGAGAGGUGGUGGAGAAGCUAAUACGGGGCUUGGCCAUGGAGGACAGCAGGAACAUGUUCGCCCUGUUUGAGCACAAUGACACCACUGACAAAGCCAUUGAGAGCCGCACAGUGGUGGCUGACGUCCUUGCCAAGUUUGAAAAGCUCUCUGCAAGUCAAGAUGAGACCAAGACAGGCUGGAAGUUCUAUUUUAAGCUUUACUGCUUCUUAGACACAGAUAAUGUACCCAGGGACUGUGUUGAGUUUGCCUUCAUGUUUGAGCAGGCCCAUGAGGCGGUGAUCAGAGGCCAUUACCCAGCCCCGGAGGAGACCCUCCAGUUCCUGGCUGCCCUAAGACUACAAUACCUCCUCGGAGACUACAACCCCCAAGCUACCGUGCCCGAAAUGUCUCAGGUGUUCCCUAUGACUCGGUUGCGUGCCCGCAUCCAAAAUUCCGCCAAGACUUUCUCCCCGGCCACUGGUUUGGGCAUGGGGUCAGUGGUGGACCGUUCAGAUGGAACCUUGGAGAAGAAGCGCUCCAGCUUCUUGGAGGGAACGCUAAGGCGUAGUUUCAGGAGCGGCUCAAUGAGCCGCCAGAAGUUGGAGGAGGAGAACACGCUCGAGGCCUGGAUGAGGGAGGAGAUAGCGGCAGCACGAGCCAGCCUGGUGGACAAGUGGAAGAAGCUGCAGGGGAUGAACCAGGAGCUGGCCAUGGUGAAGUACAUGGCCCUGGUCAAAGAGUGGCCCGGCUACGGAUCCACGCUCUUCGAAGUGGAGUCCUGUGACGGGGCCUUUCCAGUGGAGCUGUGGCUGGGGGUGAGCAGGGAGGCCAUCUCGGUGUAUAAGCGUGGCGAACCCUGGCCCCUGGAGGUCUUCCCCUAUGAGCUCAUCCUUUCGUUUGGGGCCCCACUGCCAAAUGCCUACAAAAUAGCCGUGGAGGGCCGCGAACUGCUCUUCGAGACCAGUCUGGUUAUGGACAUUGCCAAGCUGAUGAAAGCAUACAUUAGCAUGAUCGUUAAAAAGCGCUACAGCAACUCUGCAUCCAUCAGCAGCUACGGUAGCCAGUGUAGCACCUGGUGAGGUGUCGUCCAAGACCCUUCACCUUUCAUCACUUAGCAGAGGGCUGGGGGAGGUUGAGUCCUGCGACAGCCUUGUCAGGACACCUUUCCCUCAGUGUUUUGGAGAAACGUGAUUUUGAACACUCUGGGCCAGACUGACUUUCUUAUGGCUCUUAUUGCUAACCAGCUAGCUUUGUCUUUCUUAUGCUAACGUGCUACCAUUACAAGGGCUUUUGUUACAGGGUGAGACUAGUGUUACUGGGGUGGUUCCUAUGAGUGUGCGGAGUUGGGGCAUGGCCAGUCAGAAUCUAUAAGGGUUCAAGCUAGAAGUCGUCCCUAAACACAGAUCUAGGAUCAGAUUACCCAACCCCAAACCCCAAAAAUAAAAAAAUCUGACCCUCUACCAGCGGUUAGGAGAAACUUCUACCAACUCACGAGUACCAUGUUUGGUUCUUCUAAUGGAUGAAACCUCAAUUGGACGCCUACUUCUAAGCUUUGGAAAUUUCGGGCCCUUCCCGAUUGUUAAGGAACCAUCUCUUUUAUUAUCAAGAAAUAGAAAUAUGCAACUCAAUACUCAAAUUAUUUUCAAGUGGCAUUUUUAAUAUAUAUAAUGAUUGUUGAAAGGGGAACAUUGCCAGUGAUUAAAGGGUUAAAAGUGCUUGAAAUAAACCCUUAAAAUAGCAGACUGCUUAGCGGCACCCCAUCCAUGAAAAUUUCCCCCUCGUACAAAUAAAACAUUUGUUCAGCUUUCUGGGUAUACCAAUUUUCUCAACUCAAGUUGUGUCAUCUAACAUGUCCAAGCAGGAAUGCAUGAUAAAUCGAUUUUGAUGUGAAAUAGGCAUACCUAAACCAGUGAGUGAUUGGCAUGAAUUUUGGAUUGACAAUUAGGCUAUUGUUGCUAGAAUAUUACUGUCAAAAUAGGGCUUCAGAAUUGCAGAUUUAUUUUGUUUAAUAGAGAGAAAUUUACUUGUGUACAAAUAGGCUAUCACACUUGGGGAUAAUCACUGAGGGAGGGGAAACUCGAAACCAAAACCCCAAUAGUAGCCUACGGUUUCUUCUUGCAAUUGGAUUUUUAAACGCUCCACAAUUAUUGCAUUCUUCUCUUCCCUUCUCUCCAUCUAGACUACUCGGAGCACACAGGGAGAAACGGGGCAAGGCAAACACUUUCAUGCAGGAAUCAAUAUUGUAUUGUUGGACCAAAUCAGAGUUUUAGCUGCCCCAAAAAUAUAAUGUUUUGAAUGAAGUGACCUGCUAAAAUGUGUAGUUUGCAUGGAUGCGGCCACUUCAAAGUGUGGAAGUGGAAUUUCUACCUCUCCAGUGUGUCUACAAAGGACUGUUUCAGGCCUAGUGCUUAUUUGACUCGUGCUUUUUUAACUCAUUAUAUACCUCACUUUUAAGAGUUGGGGGACAACAGGGCAGUGGGUCAUGAGAUACUGCUGAAGAUUUUACCCACUGCCUGCCAUAGACUAUAAGCGUAGCAGUUUAUACUGUACUGCAUGUUGCAAAUGUAAUAUUACUAUUGUGAGGCCUAAUUGCCAUGGUAAUUAGGAAUGUCCAGUCAAUUAUUAUGGCCCAAAAAUGUACAUCUUAACUUACAUCAAAUGCUUUAUGACAGCAUAAUCUCCCAUAGCGGUGCCAAUCCAAACCCCCCAAAAAUUGAAAAUAUUAAAAAGAGAAAGGGCCCAAUUUUAUCAGAUCCGCUUUAGCCGACAUUUGCAUAUCGGUUGUUUUGGCUAUGUCGGAGCUAGAACCACAUCAAAUCCACAAGCAGCUCUGUGCGGUAGGCUAUUGUGGAAAUUGCCAUUGGAUGGACCGAGUCGCAUUAGUAAUAAUCCUAUGCAGCCUCUACACCUCGAUUAGGCUGAUACAAAUCCUUAUUGUUGCUUGACAGCUCUUAAUGAAGUUACACCUCAGAUACCGCCAAAACACCAGCUAUGUAGGUGUCAGCUGUCGCCUGUUCACACUUGAUCUGAUUGAAUCCUAGCCUGAGAGCUCCUUUGAAUCAGAUCCGCUUUAGCCGACAUCGGUUGUUUUUGCUGUGUCGGAGGUGGCACCGCAUUAGAGCUGUCAAAAAAAAGAAUUGGAUCCCAGCGUUACUCCUGAAGCGUACAUCGCCAUAUGCUGCAGAGUCGCAUGAACAGAAAUCCCAUAUGCAUCUGUGUUUACAAGUUCAAACACUGGAAUGUGAGAUGUAAUCUACACCUCAAAUAGGAUGAUAAAAAUCUUCAUUCGUUUAAUGAUUUUUCAAUUUGAGGGUAAUCAUUUCUAUAUAACCUACACCUUCUCGUUCGGAACUUCUAACAUGAGUGGGGUGGGUGUGGCUUCGUGACAAUGAUCGCAAGAGCAGCUGCUUACCGAUUUAUGGCUCCAAUGCAGUUCCACCUCCAACACCGCCAAAACAUCCACUAUGUGGAUGUCUGCCAUUGCCGGUUAACACUUAAUCUGAUUGAACAUACUGUAGGUUGUAGUUAGUUUAAAGUCCUCGUUUUUAUUUAGAAGACUUUGGACUAGUGAGCUUUGCAGCCCAAAGGACACUUACCUGAUGGGCUAGUAAGGGAAGGGACCUAACUUUCUAACUAGGGACCCAAGAGUUCUUUACGCCUCCUUGCGGACUAGGCGAGAAGUAGAUCAUCUGCGUCUGGGCAUGAUUAUUGCUAUACCCGCUGAGUAGCUGGACCCAUGCUUUUAUAGGCUUUGCCUUGGGAGUGAAAUUACUUCAUAAUGGCACUGACAUGAUGCAAUAGCAACAGUGCCAUUCCAAACACAAAAAUCUGGAAACAAGACAAAGAUUCAGAAAAUUGGCCAAAAAUGCUAGGAGUAGACCCUCCCUUCAGCUUAGAAAGCUUAGUGUAUUAUAAUAUAGAUAGGGCAGCUUGGUCCAAAAUAAUCACGUUUACUUUAAACAUCUGGACGAAAAACACACAGCAGUACAUACUCAAAAGAUCUCCAGCUUGGAAGGUGCUUCAUUAUUUCCCUCUUCCAGCAAAGUUCUCGUAAAGUUCCUGCAAGGUUGCUUUAACAUAAGCGACACCCCACAGCAUUUCACUGGAACUCCGCGGGCGGUAGCUCCACCCAAAGAUGUGCAGGAUUGUUCCUCAGUGCCUUGUUGUAUAUUAUGUACACGUGUUCUUUUUCAAUGGAUUUGGUUUCAAACGUCUAUAAAAUUAUCUCUAACUGAACCACAAAGAAAUAUAUGAGAUAACCAUGUUAUUUUUCUCCCAAAGUCAAUUUCAAAGCUUACAGUGAAAGUAUAACAACGGUAUACAAUACUGGUCUUGGUCGGUGUAUCUUUUUUUUUAAAUUUGUAUUAGCUGUGUUAUGUAUUAAAGGAUGAUUCUAGCAAUAAAUGAAUACCUAUUUA